UAAUUCUUUCAAGUUUCCAUCUACUUCUACUACAGUACAGGUGGAUCAAGGAUUUAGGAUUUAGUCUUGUUUUAGACUUAGUUCGCGUAAAGUUCCGCACAAAAGAGACGUCGUCAUGAAGUUUGCUGCUAUUUUGUUGGCCGUAGUCCUCCUGGAGGUCGUAAAUCUAAGUUUAGCAAAUCACGCGCCGGCGUUGGAGCAGCACCACCAGGCCGAGCACAACUCUCAUAAGGAAGAUAAUGAGAAAAAAGACGCAAUCGCCCACAAGCACGUGAAAACCGCCGGACAUAAUCAACACCAUGACAGCGAGAAGUCGCAUAAGGGAGAGAAAGUGACGCUAGCGCACAAGACGCACGACAACGAAAGUGGCGGGAAAAAAACGGAACACUCGGACGGAAAUUACCGGCAGAGCCAUAAGAAGUUGUCCGGCGGUUCCGAGCACGGCGCGAAACACAAGCAAGCCGCCAAAGACAAAAAAACUCAUUACAGCAAGGCGUUCAGGGAACAGUACCACAAGGACGAGCACAAUAAACACGACGCGUUUUACAGCAACGGUCACAAAUCGGGCGAAUAUCACGUGUACGGAGGAAAAAAUCAUAAAUUUCAUGACAUUCACUACACCAAAAAUGGGCAUGGAAAGCACACGGCAGGAAAGCACUCCGAACGCAACGGAAAAACGGGAAAGAAAUCCGACAAGCACAAGGUUCCGACGAAGAAGAUCUACCAGCGCGACACGACGCGCGAGAAGUACGCGAAACAGGAGAAGUGGGCGAAGAAGAGCUUGAAGGCGAACAAACAGCAUCCACAUCUCGUCCAGUAAACGAGCGUCGGCGUUUAUUUAUAAACAACGAUAGCAUUUAGUUUUAUAUUAUUUUUAUAAAAUACCUUGUCCCAAAGCCUACUUAAGUGGAUACAAUUAAUUUUAAAUGCAAUAAAAUUGAUAUUGUAAAAAAUU